AUGCCCGCCAUCUCAGACUACAUGCAGACCGACGACCUCACCAUCCUGCUCGCCCUCAUUUCGGCCACCGUCUUUCUCCUCAACAACCUCUACAAACCACAGCCCCUCGUCCACCCCAUCCUCCUCGGCAGGCAGAGCGAUGUCGGCCGCGCACGCAACCCGACCGAGAGUGCUGUCUACAGGAACUACGGCACUGGCCUCAUGGGCCGCUUCCCCCUCAGGCCGGGCAAGGACGUCCACAUCCUCGCCGACUUUGUCAGGACAGAAGUAGACGCUCCCAGGACCCUCUGGUCCACCAAAUUGACGAACAGCGCCCUGCAAGACCGCGCUGCAGCACUCGGCACAGGCCUCAUCCGCCUCGCGCGUCUCCAGCCCGGCAGGUCAAAGGUCCUGCUGCUGCUCAACGACUGCCUCGAAUUCGUCGUCGCCGACCUCGCUCUCGCUUCGCACUCCAUCACAUCUCUCACGCUCUCCUCUCCCAACCUCCUUACCCCCGUCCUCGAAGCCCACCCACCCUCGGCCAUCAUCACCCAUGCCUUCCUCCUGCCCCAGCUUCUCGAGCACAUCUACGACUCGGGCGACCGCAAGGCUGAGCAUGUCAUCGUCGUGGUGGGCGAGCCGACCACGCAGGCAAUGGCUAGUGUGGCUAGCAACGUCAAGGUCCUCCAUUACGUCGAUAUCGAAAGGGAGGGCGUCAAGGUUGAGAAGAUUCUGAGCCCGGUUCCAAGCCCCAACGACGUCUUUACCAUCUCAUUCUACGAAGACGCCGCAGGCCACGUCCAAGGUGCCCAGCUGACCCACGAGAACAUCACUGCCGGGGUCGCCGCCGUGCGGGCCCUCUUCCCCGUCUCGCAUGCCCUCUCCUCUCUGGACACCAUCGCGUCCGCGCAGUCCAUGAACACAGCCUACGGGCGCGCGAUCGCGUACACGGCCAUCUACGAAGGCACAUCGUUCGCGUCCAUCGCCAGCUCCGAGAUCUACCAUAAAGACGAAAAGGACAUCAAACCAGAAACCGCCGAAACGCUCGCCACGCGCAAGUACCCCAUCCCCUCGCCGACGAUCCUGUUCCUCAAGCCCGGCCACCUGCGCUCGCUCGUCUCGGGCAUCACCCGCGAGGCGAAGCAGUCGUGGCUCCUGCACGCAUUCGGGUGGCGGCACAAGCUCGCAGGGGUCGCUGACGGGUUCGUCACGAAUCAGAGCCUGUGGGAUCGGCUUUUGUUCGACGGUGCAAGGGCGAAGGUGCUUGGAAAUGUGGGGGCGACGGUACGGGCUGUUGUUGUUAGUGGUGGCAACGUAGAAAAUUCCGCCCUCACCCCCGCCCGCAUCGCCCUCUCCGUCCCCCUCGUCAACGCAUUCACACACCCCCUCUCCACCGCGCCCGUCCUCGCCUCACACCCUCUCGACCUGCAAGACUUCCCUUCCCUCUCCUCCGUUUCCUCUUCUCCCUCUUCCUCCCCUCAACCCCCACCAGCACACACCGGCCCCCCAGGUGUGAACGUCGAAGUCAAGCUCGUAGGCGUAGACGACGAGGCCGUCGAGGCGGGCGGCGACCCCACCGGCCGGCUGCUCGUGCGCGGGCCGCCGAUCGGGAAGGUCCUCGGGUUGGAAGACUAUGUAGAUGUGAUGGGGUUGAGCGUCGGGCCUGGCGGCGGAGCUGGAGGGAAUACGACCGGAGGGGCAAGUGGAGGGCCAGGAGUGAAUGGCAGUGGGGCGGAAGGAGGAGAUGGGUGGACGGACACGGAAGUCGUCGCACGUGUGAUGAGUAAUGGCGCAUUUGUGCUUGUUGGGAGCGUCGGCGCGGGCAAGUCGUAA